AUGGAAUACACAGAACAACACGAUACAAAGCAAAAGGUCCCAUGCAAGUAUGCCUCGCGAAGACUAAGAGAUUAUCAGACAAGUCAACAAGGCACUUUCAUUGGAUUAUUGAAUAAUUACUGCGAUAUCACAUUCAUUAAGCCACCUAAAAAGGCUGUCUUAACACAUCAAUUUGUUAAAAUCAAAAAGAUUUCAUUUUCAUCAAAAGAUGUGAUUGUUCUCGAGGACUUUUUACAGAAGAGAUGUGGCGAACACAAAGAUGGGGAUUUGGACAGAGGGUGUUCCGAGAAGACUGCAAAUCGGAGGUUCCAGACAAACAAGAAGAUCGAAACACUCCACUUGUUAUAUGACAUCCUUGGCGAGUUUGGAUUCUUCUGCGAAGUCAAUGCAACAAAAGGGAAGAAGGAGACAAUGAAAUUGCAAAACGUGGAGAAUGUCUUUUAUCAAGAAAAGUACUUAAUGGGGAUCGAAGAGAUCUAUACCGUCGGGUUUAAAGUGAAUGACUACUUAUGUAAUCUAAUCGAAAACAAAGACGAGAUCACACUCAACCGAAACAAUCGAGUCGUCCAGUCUUUCUUUGCUGAGAAUAUGAUGUAA